GCACCUAAUAAAAAAAAGUGUGACCUAAAUUCUGUGUGGAUAAACACUGUGAGUAAAGGAAAUUUUGAUGAUGUUAGCAGUUCAGAGCACUAUACACUGGGUGUCUGAAUAUAACAUCAUUGUCAGCAUUGCUGAUACCAAAGACUGUCACCUUGUUCUUGCCCGGCAUUUUCUCUAGCCAGAAGAACUUAAACCUGAAGGGAAAUGGCAGCAAUUGUUACAGGUCUGAUCCCCAUUCUCCACACUGCAGUCGACGCCGCCACCACCGACUACAAAGGGCGCACCGUGUGGUUCGGCUUUCUCUGUAUUCGCCUUGUGACGCUUUUUAUUGCUGAAAUGCCAUGGUUUAAACUAAACUCAGACUUCAGCUGCAUCAUCACAAAGGACAGCAUUUGCACUAGAGCCUGCUUCAACCAGCACUUUGACAAGCCUGUGAUAAUGGCAUGGAACUAUAUUUUCAUCCUCUUCAUCCUGACGGUCCUGGUCAUGGAGCUCUUCACUGCUCACUUAUACUCUGUUUUAGCUAAAAGCUCUGGAGAAAGCAAAGAAUCUCUGGGUGAGCUGAAAAUUGUAAGUGACCCUGGUAAUAGCACAGCUGGGAUAAAGAACCUUGACAUGCACCAAAGCAAGAACAUUGUGUUCUUGUACCUGUUUAGCAUUGUAAUGCGGGUUUUGGUGGAGAUUUGGUUUGUGUAUAUUCUGCUUUAUUGGAACAUGUCUAAACUAAACCAAGGAGUAUUCCUAUGUAAGAGUUACACUACUGGAUGCCCAGAUCAGGAGUGUUUGGUGAGUGGGUCUGCUGAGAAAUCCAUGUCUAUCUAUGCUCUUUUGUCCAUUUCUGUGCUGGUCAUCGUCAGCCAUGGUGUGUUCUGUGUCCACUUAAUUGGCCACUACCUGUUUAACACAUAUACCGUGGAUUCCUACAAUGUGUAGCAUUACUGUUUGCAAAAAAUGAUUUGGUUUCUAUGAACAAAUAUGAUCUUUCUUUCAUGUCUUUCUUUCUUCUACUAAACAUUAUUUAGUCUGGUGAUACUUUGUAUGAAAUUGUUUAAAUUUCAUUGCAUUAACUGGUUUGCUGUGGUUUAUUGAAUUAUAAAAUGUGUGGCAAAAAAGGGAGCUAUAAUUUGAUUAGUUUUGACUGUGUUGGUUGGUGGUGUUGACCUAAUGUCAUGAAUAAAAAUCAUUUAACUGCACAAGACAAUGUGUGAUUAU